AUGGCGGACGAGGAGGUAGAUAUUGAGAGGUUGACGCUGCAAGAAAAGCUGGACCAUAAGUUAUGGAAAGCACGUCAGCGUGGAUACCAGGAUUUGCAAAAGGAAUUGGAAGAGGGUAUACUGGAUCCUUCAUUUUUUGAUCAGCUAUGGGGGGAAACAGGCAGGUUUGAACAGUAUAUACAGGACUCAAACGUGGUGGCUCUUGAGAGCGCUGUUGUAGCCCUGAACAGUUUCCUGGGUAAAAAGAUAAGUAAAAUUGUCGAUAGUGGUGACGAUACAAUCAAGACACAUGCUAAGUUUCAAGUGGAUGCGUGGGUUCCCGUGUUGAUAAUAAAGCCAUUGAGCUCAACGAGGGCCGCAACGAAGAAGAAUGCUAUGGAAUGCAUAAUAAAAUUGGUAUCAUUGAUGGACUCAGUUGACUACACGAUUUCAGCGAUACUGACGAAAUUGCCAUCAGUUAUCAAACAACCAAAACCUACAGCUGCAAUAAUUAAUAUACUCAAUCAAAUACUUACCAAGUUUCAAUGCAAUUUAUUGGCAUCUGCAGACCUGCUAAAGCAGUUACUCGAGCCGUUACCAAAACUGUCUAGUCAUGCUGAUAGAAAUGUUAGGUCUGAGACCAUGAAUCUAAUAGUUACAGUUUUCCUAAAAGUAGACGGGUUCCAAAAUAGAGCUUUACUUGAUGAAUUACUAUUAAACUCCUUGAAACCUAUCCAGAUAAAAGAUAUGGAAAAGAUGAUAGAUAAGGUCAAAGAUCAGAAGCCAGAGAUCAUGCCCUAUGUAUGGGAGGAUGUAAUCGCAAAAAAUAAACAACAAUUUAACGUUGAUGAAGAUGGAGACACGGUUAUGAUGGGAAGUAAUACUGAGCCAAAACAGGAUAAUACCAAUAACAAUGUAAAUGCCUUAGACUCACUGGUUGCUGGUGAUACCAUUCUGGAUAAGUUCCCGGACGAAUUCCAUAGCCGGGUUGAAUCGCAGAAAUGGAAGGAUAGAGCAGAAGCUCUUGAGGAAUUCUAUGAUCAUGCUUUAAGUAAAUUGAAAAAGAUAGAUGGCAAUGCCAAUGAAAACUAUACAAAUCUAUUUUCAAUGUAUGGACAUAUUAUUUCCAAAGAUAUAAAUGUGCAAGUGGUUACAAUCGCUGCUGAAUCGAUAGAUAAAAUAUGCCACGCACUUCCGAAACAGAAAUUGACAAAACAUCUUAUUCAGUUAGUUUUUAAUCCUUUAUUGGAGAGAACAAAGGAGAAGAAGCCCACAUUAUUGGAUGCGAUUAGAAAGACGCUAAAAACUUUGGUGGAACACAGUAAUCCAGUACUACCGCAUAAUGAAGACAUGCUUCAACUAAUCUUGCAAUAUAUGGAACACAAAGUACCGCAAAUAAGAAUGGAGUGUACAAGCUUAUUCAACUACGUGUUACAAUUGGAGGCCCCAGGGUUUGACAUACAUUCCUCUUAUUUAUUUGGUGAGAUCUCCAGAAUUGUACCAAAGGUGGUUAAGAUCGUAAACGACACGAACCCUAGUAUUAGACAAGUUGGUUUCGACUGUUUUGCAACUCUUGUGACAUUGCUCGGAAAGAGGCCAUUUAUAGAUAGCUUGGAUAAGCUUGACACACAAAAGCGGAAGAAAAUAGAGGAAUUGAUAAAUUCCAAAUCUAGACCAUCAUCUGGUGCACUUCCCGGCACGAGGGCCGGAGCAACCUCAACAGUUCUCCCCGUGAAGAGACCACCAACAUCACCACUGAAGAAACCUCCAACUUCAACAUCACCUCGAUCUAGGGUCCUAUUAACUUCGCGGUCACUGACUAAACCGAAUUUUGGUGGCUCACAACCUGCACCUGUUGCUGAACUCACUACAGGCACACUGACGCCGAACAAGCGUUUCGAUAAGGCUGUGGAUAACGGUGUACAAGGUAUCACGAGUAAUGGUGGUGCCAAUUACGUUAGCAAGUUCAACUCGGAGCGAGAGAGGUGGGAUAAGGAGCGGGGUGGGCUGUUGAGCAGUAUAAAAAAGCUUGAAGAUACCAAUGCAGAACUCACUGCGCGUAACUUUGAGCUUGUUGACAAGCUCACGUCAUUUGAGAAAGAGAGGGAGCAACAGAACUUGGUGAUCAAUAGCAAGAACGAGGAGAACGGCAAGCUUUUAGAGAAAAUUGACUUCCUGGAGAUGAAAGUCAAAGAACUGCAAGAGAAACUAGAUAGUAAUCUGAGCUCGGCGAGGACUUUCUCGUUGGGGACGGAGUUGAGCGUCCCUGAGGCCAAGCGUGUAGUUGAGUCGAGCGACGACGAGUUGCCAAAGCGUGUGAACUCGUUGCGGAUCAACUCUCGUGCCUCUACUCUAAGCUCUUCAGAUCAGCAGCUAUUCUCGAGACAGUUCAGUGGCAGGGACGAUGAGGAGUCCUGGAAGCGAGCAGCUGAGGUCACUCGAAAGUUGAAAGAACGGAUCGAGACCAUGAAGGCCAGAAACCGGGAACUAAGUAACUAA